GCUACCUGGCGGUGCACUCCGCCUCCUGGAUUUCUUUCCCACCUGGGGCCUUGGAAGCCUAGCAGCCUACCUGCGGCAUCCGUACCAGACUCGGGAGCCUCAUGGCUGCAACCUGUGAGAUUAGCAACGUUUUCAGCAACUACUUCAGUGCCAUGUAUAGCUCUGAGGACCCCACGCUGGCUUCUGUUCCCUCUGCCGCCACCACCUUUGGAGCCGACGACUUAGUGGUGACCCUGAGCAACCCCCCGAUGUCUCUGGAAGAGAAGGCCAGCUGGUCUGGGGAACAGCCGCAAUUCUGGUCGAAGGCCCAGGUUCUGGACUGGAUCAGCUAUCAAGUGGAAAAGAACAAGUACGACGCCAGUUCCAUCGACUUCUCGCGCUGUGACAUGGACGGGGCCACGCUCUGCAACUGCGCACUCGAGGAGCUGCGGCUGGUCUUCGGGCCUCUGGGGGACCAACUCCACGCCCAGCUACGGGAUCUCACUUCCAGCUCUUCUGAUGAGCUCAGCUGGAUCAUCGAGCUGCUGGAGAAGGACGGCAUGGCCUUCCAGGAGGCCCUGGGGGACCCAGGCUCCUUUGACCAGGGAAGCCCUUUUACCCAGGAACUGCUGGACGAUGGCCGCCAGGCCAGCCCCUACUACGGCAGCAGCUACAGCGUGAGCGCCCUCUCCCCCGGCAGUUCUGACAUCUCCACAGCAGGGACCACCACUUCCCAAAGCCCCCACUCCUCAGACUCCGGUGGAAGUGACGUGGACUUGGACCCCACUGACAGCAAAGUCUUCCCCAGAAAUGGCUUUCCUGACUACAAGAAGGGGGAACCCAAGCAUGGGAAGCGGAAACGAGGUCGGCCCCGAAAGCUGAGCAAAGAGUACUGGGAGUGCAUGGAGGGCAAGAAGAGCAAGCACGCCCCCAGAGGCACCCACCUGUGGGAGUUCAUCCGGGACAUCCUUAUCCACCCUGAACUCAACGAAGGCCUCAUGAAAUGGGAGAAUCGGCACGAGGGCGUCUUCAAGUUCCUGCGUUCCGAGGCCGUGGCCCAGCUGUGGGGCCAAAAGAAAAAGAACAGCAAUAUGACCUACGAGAAGCUGAGCCGGGCCAUGAGGUACUACUACAAACGAGAGAUCCUGGAGCGGGUGGACGGCCGGAGGCUUGUCUACAAGUUUGGCAAGAACUCCAGUGGCUGGAAGGAAGAGGAGCUGGUGGAGAGUCGGAACUGAGGGUCAGAUGUGGACCUGGGACUUGAUGCACAGACUUGGACUGCAGGCCUGCAGCCCUGCUGGCCCCUCGUGCGGACAGGCGUGCGCCCUGCCGGGCUGUGGAGAGAAGCUCAAACGUUGGCAGCAGUGUGCUGAAGAGGAGGCCACGGCCUCUCUUCCCUGCCCUCGUUGUGGAAUUACAAGCCCUGGGGUUUGAAGCCACUUGUGCACUGACUCUACGGCUAUGAGCCUGGCUCUUUGAAGACCCAACACUGGCUACGUCUGCAGAUGCCUGGACACAGCCAAGGAGGCUGGGGAGGCCUCAAGAGGGAGCAUCGGGACCAGAGGGGACAGGGUGGUAUCCUCCAGCACCACCUUUCUGGACCUUUCCAUCUCCCUGCUUAGUACUAGGGCUCCCCGGGUGGGGGUCCCCUAAUUUAUGUGCUAUAAAUAUGUCAGAUGUACAUAGAGAUCUAUUUUUUCUAAAGCAUCCCCCCCUUCUUGUUCCCAUGGAGCCCCAGUAAUCAGACUGACUGUUCUAGCCCCACUACGGGGUCAGCAGGAGGUAGGGUGAAGCCUGCCCACCAGGAUAGGGGUUCUCGGAUCCUUUCUCCUGUGAAUGGAGAAAGUUUAUUGGAAACCUCCAAUAAACUACUUUCUGGGCUCUUUCUAUCCUUUGUCUCA